GCUCUCAGUUGAGAUCGAUCGUUUCAGGUCUGCAAGCUUCACGUCUCUCUCGUCACCCAAUCCGCCAUGGUUGCCGUGGAGGCGGCGGCGAGGCCGAGCAGGCGGUACGCGCUGCUGAUGGCGGCGCACGACUCGGAGUACGUGCUCAAGAGGUACGGUGGCUACCUCCACGUCUUCGUGGCGGCGUUCGGUGGCGCCGGCGAGGCCUGGCACCUGUACCGGGCCGUCGACGGUGAGCUCCCGGGCCCGGACGACGACAUCGGGGCCUACGACGGCUUCGUGAUCAGCGGCAGCCCGCACGACGCGUACGGCGACGACCCGUGGAUCCUGCGCCUGUGCCUCCUGGUCCGGAAGCUCCACGCCAUGCGCAAGCGGGUCCUCGGCGUCUGCUUCGGCCACCAGCUGAUCUGCCGCGCGCUUGGCGGGCGCGUCCGCAGGGCCCCCAGCGGCUGGGACGUCGGCGUCAGGGAGGUGGCCAUCGCGGACGCGGCGGCAGCCGCGGCGCCGUGCCGGUUCCUCAACGCGCUGCGCGAGCGCGGCCAGCUGCCGACCCGCGCCAGGAUCACCAAGAUCCAUCAGGACGAGGUGUGGGAGGUCCCGGAGGGCGCGGAGGUGCUGGCCUCCUCCGACAAGACGGGCGUGGAGAUGUUCCGCGUCGGCGAGCACGUGCUGGGCAUCCAGGGCCACCCGGAGUACACCAUGGACAUCCUCCACAGCCUCGUCGACCGCCUCCUCGCCGCCGGGUCCAUCACCGUGUCGUUCGCCGAGGCCGUGAGGAGACAGGUGGAGGCCACUGCGCCGGACAGGGAGUUCUGGCUCAAGCUCUGCAAGAGCUUCCUCAAAGCUGAAGAAGAUCAGGUCUGCGUAUGAUUUGGAUCUGUGUGGUGUCCGUGACAGUUUGUAACGGUAGAUGCAUGAGGUGCCCUGUUUUGGCAUCAAUUUAUUCUGAUGAUAAAGUGCAUGCUAAUGUAAAUAGUACUAGGAAAUUUGGAAUAAGCAGAGCUUGG